AACCUCAUCAGUGGGGACAGUCCCACCACUCUGAAGUGUAAACAUUGUCUUGUUUGAAGUGUGUCUCAGUGCAGGAAGUAGACAAGUCAAGGUGGCUCAAUUGUCAUGUGAAAAGACCCCAUGGUGAGUAAAAGGUCCCCAGAAGGAAAUAGCCUUCCUGAGUAAAUCACAAUGGAUAUGUAAAUGUAAAGUGUCUGUAUUCUGGUGGGGGAUCUUGGAUAUAAGGGACAGAGCUCCCAGUGACCAGGGAGUUGGACUGCUUAACAGAAGCUCCCACACAUCAACUGUGUGUCAUACAACUUCCUGGCUGUAUUUUCUACCACUGGACAUUUCAAUAAACUGGCUCUGGUGCUUCCUGCUGGGCAGUGACCGAGCAAUGGCUGGAGCCUGGAGCCUGGAGGAGGGUGAGGGUGGAGAGUGGAUCAUAGCGGCUGCUGCAGCCUCUGGGUGAUGGAGGAUUUAAAGGACCACAUGUGAUCCAGCUCCAGCAGCAUGAGAAGCUUGACUGAGGCUCCACAGCUUUAAACACAGGAGAAGCUCAAACCUGAUCACUUCAAACAAACAAACAAACAAACAAACAGCGGCCAUGCUUCCAGCGCAGGAAGCAGCCAAGAUCUACCACACCAACUACGUGCGCAACGCGCGCGCCAUGGGCGUGCUGUGGACCGUGUUCACCAUCACGUUCGCCGUCAUCACGGUGGUGGUCUUCAUCCAGCCUUACUGGAUCGGGGACAGCGUGAACACGCCUCAGGCCGGAUACUUCGGCCUUUUCCACUACUGCAUCGGGAACGCGCUCACCUCAGAGCUCACGUGCAAAGGGAGCGCGCUCGACUUCGGCUCCAUCCCGUCCGGCGCCUUCAAGACGGCCAUGUUCUUCGUGGGUAUCUCCAUGCUGCUGGUGGUGGGGAGCAUCGUCUGCUUCAGCCUCUUCUUCUUCUGCAACGCGGGGAGUGUGUACAAGAUCUGCGCGUGGAUGCAGCUGGCCUCCAGUACGUGCAUGGUGAUUGGCUGUAUGAUCUAUCCUGACGGCUGGGAUUCAGACGAGGUGAAGCGAAUGUGUGGCCAGCGAACCGACAAAUACACUCUGGGCAACUGCACCGUGCGCUGGGCCUACAUCCUGGCCAUCAUCAGCAUCAUGGACUCACUCGUCCUCUCCUUCCUGGCCUUCAGCCUGGGCAGCAGACAGGACAAGCUGCUGCCCGAGGACUUCCAGGUGGAGGGCAAAGAUAACGCAUAGACGCCACCUGGUGGACGACAGUGACCAGAGAUGGACAGGAAGUGGAAAAGGGGAGCAAUGUUGACUCAAGGGGCUCAAAGUCCCGAGACAUUUACACACAUUAGGUACGAACCUGUCCAACUGACAUGACUGAGCAUCAGAAUGAGGAAGAAAUGGAAUUUAAGUGACUCUGAACGUGGCUUGAUUUGAUUUUCACAAAUACCUUUAUCUAGUUUUUAUACAGCACGGAUCCGAAAGAGAAAGAAUCCAGUGAGCAACCGUUUUUCUGGGUAGAAAAUGCCUAGUUGAUAUCAGAGAAUGAUCAGUGGUUCUAGAUGAUUUAGAGAAAUGACCACUUGUUAUAACAAAGAUAUGAACAAGACCAUCUCUGAACACAACCAUGAAACAGGACUACAGCAGCAGCAGCAGCAGCACACACCUGCUGCCACUUUAAGUGUCCUGUGUACCUAAUAAAGUGGCUGUCAAACUCCAA